UCAGUAAAAUCACCAGAGUGUCUGCGACUACAGUGUUUAAUUUGAUAAAAAAUGAUCCAUGCUGUGAUGUGUUUACAUUUGUUAUCGUUAUUAGUGAGUAAAGUAUAAACUUUCUACAGCAGAUUAAUAUGAAAUCUGUAUGUGACAACUUACAAAGUGUAUUUAAAAAAUGACAACUAUUCGGUUAAUUCAUUCAGGAAUAUGUGCCUUUUUCGGUUAUUCAGCGUUUUUUGCAUUUAUCGUUUUGAAAAAUUAUCCUUCAGCUGUUUUAGGAUUAAUUUCAGGUUUUACAGAUAGUAUUUUAUUCUUUCUUCAUUAUUUGUUACGUAAAAGAACAUUGAGAGAAUGGUAUGGACCCACAGAUUUACGGACAAUGUGCCGAUAUGGCAUCUUAAUUGCUACAGUUGGAUUAUUAUCUCUAGGAUAUCAUACGACCAUUCAAAUAAUAUAUAAAAAAUCUAUUUUACCCAUACCAGACAGUAGCGUUAUUUCGAUAGUAUGGUCGAUUGUAGCUUUGAGAAGUGGACUCUUUUUGAUGUAUUAUUCAAUUAAGUAUCAACAUAUAGACGAUGUAAGGUUACUUACUAAUGUGGAUGAGGAAACCAAUAAUGCAGAAAACUCUCCAGAACAAGAAGAAGCGGUACAGGAAUCGGAUAACAAUUAAACUAUUACAGCAUUAAUUCAUAUGAUGGUGCCAUCAGCUUACGCACAAAUGCGUAUAUUUUAAGUUAUAUCUUGUAUUUGAUAAACGUAUACAUAUUCAUAUAUAAAAGUCAACUGAUUUGUUAUACUUAUCGUUUGUAAUUCCUUUUAAAAUAUAAAUCUUUACAAAACGCA